AGGGAUCAGAAGCUGCAGAAGUUAUGUAUGGUGAUGGGAAUUGAGAAUGUCAGUAAUCCGGAUGAGACAUAUGAGUUGACUACUGAUAAUGUUAAGAAGAUCUUGGCAAUCCACAUGCGAUUUAGGUGUGGCAUCCCUGUGAUUGUGAUGGGUGAAACAGGCUGUGGCAAGACACGUCUCAUUCGUUUCAUGUGUCAGUUGCAUUCUAAUGGACUGGUGGUAGAUCAACCUGUGAACAACAUGAUUCUUAUGAAGGUCCAUGGAGGUACCUCUUCUGAGUAUAUUGUUGGCCGUGUACUCAAAGCUGUAGAACUUGCACAGGAAAACAAAACAAAGUAUAAAAUUGAUACAGUUUUGUUUUUUGAUGAAGCAAACACAACGGAGGCAAUUGGAAUUAUCAAGGAAAUUAUGUGUGAUGGACGCAUGAACGGUCGGCAGAUUGACUUCAAUGGAAGUGGUCUAAAGAUAGUUGCAGCCUGCAACCCUUAUAAAAGACAUACAAAGGAAAUGAUCAAACGACUAGAAGAAGCAGGUCUCGGUUACCACAUCAAAGCCAGUCAAACAACAGACAGACUAGGUUGUAUUCCAUUACGUCAACUGGUGUACCGGGUCCAGGCUUUGCCCCCAAGUAUGCUACCUCUUGUAUGGGACUUUGGACAACUGAACAGCACAGUGGAGAUUAUGUACAUUCGUCAAAUCGUUCAACGUUAUUUUGAAAUGGGUACUGAUGAGCAGUUAAUCAAAGUUUUGAGUAAUAUUUUAUCUACUGCUCAAGCAUUUAUGAGGAAACAGAAGAAUGAAUGCAGCUUUGUAAGCUUACGAGAUGUUGAGAGAACUCUAAGUGUUAUGGUCUGGUUCUUCAACAAACGAGAAAUGUUACGAAGUUUGAUUAACGAAAGGAGUAAGAAAGGUUUCAUGAAUGUUGAGAAAAGUGUAGAGGAGGAAAGUGUAGUGGAGGAAAAUGUAGAGGAGGAAUUUUAUAGUGAAGAAAACGAUGAUCCAGAUGAAAUUGUCAAUGUGGCAAUGGAUAAGGAAAUUAGUGAUUGUACUUGGGCAAUUGUUCUUGCACUUGGUGUUUGCUACCAUGCACGCCUAGAUGAGAAAAGGGAAGAAUUUAGAAAUGCUGUAUCAGAAAGCUUUAAUGCCCCACUGAAUUUAUACGGAGGAAGUGGAAGGAUUUUCAGAGAAAUAAACAGUUGCCAAGAUAUCUUUUUAGAUGCAGUUAAAUUGGGACCAAAUAUUGCACGCAACAUGGCUCUUAAAGAGAACAUUUUCAUGAUGAUUAUCUGCAUUGAGCUACGGAUUCCAUUGUUUUUGGUCGGCAAGCCUGGAAGCUCAAAGUCUUUAGCCAGGACGAUUGUGAAUAAUGCCAUGCAAGGUGAUUCUGCAGCAUCUACACUCUUUAAAGAACUCAAGCAGGUGCACAUGAUUUCCUACCAGUGCAGUCCAUUGUCAACACCAGAUGGAAUUGUGGGAACUUUCCGUCAAUGCAGCAGAUUCCAAGAAGGGAAAGACUUGAAGAAGUUUGUGUCAGUUGUGAUUCUGGAUGAAGUCGGUCUUGCAGAAGACUCACCAAAAAUGCCGCUUAAGUGUAAUAUUUUCACAAACAUUGCUGCCAUUCAUGUGUUGAUGUACUAUGGCGAAGUGCACAUUUAUAGCUUUGAUUCUGUGCUCAUUUGCGUGAUAAAAUCCUUUCGCCGAGCUCUGAUUGCCUGCGCAUUAAGAAGAAACUCCAAAAUUAGCCGAAGCGAACUACUACAAGUGAAGAAGUGA